UACCCGCGUAGCCGUACACACACACACACUGCUGUACAGCCCGAGUGUUGUGAGCGAGCACAGAACAAACACACACACACACACGCGCGCGCACAUAAAACGCAUAACCAGGCACGCGUACCUGUCACACGUCUAGGCACGGGGCUCGUCAAUCUCAAGGAGCGCGCGACGUUCGUCUCGGGCUGAAGGGCACACGGUAGAGCAAACGAGAAACCCAGCGAGUGAGUAGGCAGGCAGGCAGGUUGACGGUGCAGUUUGCGGGAUAGGUGAGACGGUAUGUGUCUGCCACUGCUGCUGUACGUGGUGGUGCCGUUGCUGGUGGUCUACGCGGUCGCUUCGAUCUUCCUCCUCAAGAACCCUGCCGUGCUGCACAGGAAGAAGAAGCUACACUUCCACUGCAGGCACAUCUCCCACCGUGGCGGCGCCGGAGAGAAAACCGAGAACACAAUAGAGGCCUAUGAGAACGCGAGGCAGGCCGGCACGCACGUUCUGGAGCUCGACGUCCAAGUCACCAAGGACGGGGUGAUCGUGGUGGCGCACGAUGACGACCUCCGGCGGGCCACGGGCAGAUCGCAGCGCAUCCGUGACCUCAACUUCGAUGAGCUGCCCAUAUACAAGGACAAACUCGAAAUCACAUUCGACCAAGGCCACUUCAACAAGGCGUCCAAAGACCGGAGAAUCCCCACGCUGCGUGAGGUUUUUGAGAAGUUCUCCGAUCUGGCCAUCAACGUUGAGAUCAAGGAGGACAACGACGAGACCAUCAACAAGGUGGCGGAGUUGGUGGAGGAGUUCGGGCGGGAGGACCGCACGGUGUGGGCGAGCGCCAUCUGGGAGGUGAUGCUCAAGUGCCGGGUGGCGAACCCUCGGAUGCCCACCAUGUUCGCCACGGGUCGCAUCUACUCCCUGCUGCUGCUCUUCUACACGGGGCUGCUGCCCUUCAUGCCCUUGCCCGAGUCGCUCUUUGAGAUGAUCAUGCCCUCCAUAUGCUACAGGACCUACAUUCCCGAGAAAGGCGAUGGCAUGCUCAGGUACAGGUGGCUCGUGGGGUUCCUGGACAGACUCAUCAUGAACAAGGCCCUCUUCAAGCACCUGACCGACCGUGGAAUUCAGGUCUGCCUGUUUGUACUCAACAACGACCGCGACUACAGGCGUGCGUUCGAGCUGGGAGCCACCGGCGUGAUGACCGAUUACCCGCACAAGCUGGCCGCCUUCUUGCAGAGGUCCACGCAAAACGCUCAGUAGAGACGGUGGCGGUGACGGCGAGGACGAUGACCGCGACGAUCAUAUGCACAGGGGCGUCAUUUCUCACCGAGUAUUUUCUGUGUCGCUGGUAGAGUGGCACGUGGCUAGCAGUAGUAGCGCAAUAGUAGCACAGUACCACAGCGAGGGAUUUACUCGGUGUGGUGUGUCGGGUCGGUGAAUCAGACAGACCAAGGUGAAAUUAAGCCAUGAUCGUAAGACAUCGUUCCACAAAUCCUCCGCAAUCCUGCGCGUCUCCUUUCUUAAAUGAGCGUUGGGACGGCACUCGUUUGCAGCAUUGGUCCACCCUUACUCAGCCACCGGUUUGGAUCUUCCACAUUCUUGUGAUUGCUUUAAAUACGAACUAACCUCAGCCAUAGGAAUGUGGAAUUUCCACCGCCGGGUCACUCCUGCGGUCUAUUAUACGCGGAGACGCCAAAACCACGGAGUGCUUAAUUAUAUUAUUUAUGUAUGUAUGUGUAGAGCCAAAGAGCGUUUCAUGCAUUUUGUACAAAAACUAAUCAUACUUUAAUAGGCAAUGACUCAGAAAGUAAAACAAUUACAUAUACUACAAAAAUGACACCAUAUCAACGAACGAGUGUACAACUAGCACAAUGUGUGAUUGUAUUGUGCGUUACAAUGUGCAAUUAGUGUGGGUGGGCGUACAAUGUGCUACCAACACAGCUGGGGCCUUCAUCUACAAGUGAACGUGUUCAUCGCUCAACUUUUUGUCGUUGUUAAUUCCCUCCCAUCGUCUUAUAGUUCUCAUAACCGGUUAGAAUUACAGUACAUACAUCUAUUGAGUGAGCACACUAAACUUUCAGUGGUAUUGUGGUCGUUUCUGGCUGCUUGGCAUUUUUGGAGCGUUGGGGAAUAAGCUCAGCAACUGUGAUUUGAUUUUUUUUAAUUUCAAAGCAAAUGUAUUAACGUAGAGUUAGCUUGAUCCAUGCUGUGAAACGUUAAAAAGGAAAAAAAAGGAACGUCUUGAAAUUUGAUUACGGAUUUUUUUGUAUAUAUAUGAGAAAGGUUUCUGAAGUAAACCUUCAUAUAAAGUCAUGGGUUGCCAGCUUGAAUGUUACUGCAUUCGUUUGUUCGUUGGGGGGGGGGG